AUGGAUUCUGACCUUCAUCGACUAAUAUAUACAGCUCACACGAUAGCAAACCCCCCAUCGCCAAAACAAUACUCCGAUGCCCAAUCGACCAACGGAACAGCAUCAUACCUGCUCGACAAGAUCCUCAGCAUCAUCACCGAUCGGCCUCUUGACCUCAAAAGCGACGACAUAAUCAACGACGCAACCUACGGGAAUAUUAUACCCUACGCCGAUCUUCUCACAUCUCUCUAUCACAUGGUGCUGCAGUUGAACGGGUUCCUGGGCCAGGUCCUCCGCGCCUCACCCGCACAAGAAAAUCGACUCUCUACAACCCGCAUCCUUCAGCAGUUCCGUGAGGUCGCUGUCUUUCUAGAUGAGGUGGGCAUUUUACGCUUGACGGAAAUGACAAAGCAAGCCAAGCGCGGCGCCUUUCUGCACCGGAAAAUCCAACAGCAACAACAAGAGCUCAACCGCGACAUAGCUACCAUUCGCUCGCAACGCUGGGUAUCAAAGCAAGCGGGGCGGACCAUCUACCACCACCUACCAUCGCUGAGGGACGUGAUGUACGAAAUUAGCCUCACGCAGAAGUGGCUUCUCGCCGAAGCAGAGAACCUCACGACGGUAUUUCGCGGUCACGAAGCCGAGUUCGCCAUGCUGCAUGAGGAGCCCGCCAUGGCGUUUGAAGGAAGCAUGUGGGAUGAGUGGGUGGCGUGGAAAGAGAGGGUCAUUUGGUCGCGGUGGUCGUUGAAUGACACUCAGAGACCACCACCGCCAAACCAUCAACCCCCACCUCCCAACAAUCUGCACAACUCACUCACAAAUUCAAAUGACCUAUCCCCCCAAGACCCCAAGACCUUCUUCGAAAGCCUCGGUCUCGACUACACCUUGCAUCCCUUCUCAAGCAAGCAGUGGCUCGUGCCCGGUGAAGUCGAGCACGACGAAGCAAUCGACCUCAUCACCAGGAGCUGGGCACAGAGCGUGGAACGAAGCUUGGGGUCGGCGCACGGCGAGGCAGGACUGUACAGUCAGAUCGCUCAGGCUAUGCAGAGCCACCAGAUCAUGACUGUCUACAUGACCGCUUUGAUGCCGCGGUUGGCCAAGGCGGGGGGGAAGCAGAGGAGGGCGAUCCUGGACAAGCUGUGCUUUGAGAUGAAGGGGGAGUAA